AUGAAUUCAUUUUGUCAAAAAGCCCACUGGAAAUUCAGGAGAAUGAACGAAAUGGAGGCUAAUCAGUUUAGGGAGUUCGGAAAGGAGAUGAUAGACUACGUCGCAGGAUAUCUGGAGAAUAUACGAGACAGGCGAGUCUUACCAACUGUGGAGCCGGGAUAUUUGAGACCGCUCAUACCAGAAACUGCUCCUGAGAAACCAGAUAAAUGGGAGGAUAUUAUGAAAGAUAUCGAGAGAGUGGUUAUGCCUGGGGUGACGCAUUGGCAUUCACCCAGAUUUCACGCUUAUUAUCCUACUGCGAAUUCCUAUCCGGCAAUAGUUGCCGACAUACUGAGCGGUGCAAUCGCUUGCAUUGGUUUCACUUGGAUCUCCAGCCCGGCAUGCACCGAACUCGAAGUCGUGAUGAUGGACUGGCUGGGGAAAAUGCUUGCUCUGCCAGAGCCCUUCCUGGCCUGCUCGGGGGGCAAGGGCGGCGGAGUGAUCCAGGGCACGGCUAGUGAGGCCACUCUGGUGGCCUUAUUGGGCGCUAAGGCACGUGCCAUCUGCACAGGGAAAGCGGAACAUCCGGAGAUGAGCGAUGCCGAUAUCGUCGCUAAAUUGGUCGGAUAUACUUCUAGUCAAAGUCAUUCUUCAGUUGAAAGGGCUGGUCUCCUCGGUGGAAUCAAGUUGCGGUCACUCCAACCAGACGACUCCAAUAAACUAACUGGAGAAAUACUGGAAAAGGCUGUGCAGGAAGAUAUUGAAGCUGGGCUCAUCCCAUUCUAUGCUGUAUGUACAUUAGGAACAACUUCUUCAUGUACUUUCGAUAAUCUAGAAGAGAUGGGGCCAGUCUGCAACCAGUACAAUAUAUGGCUUCACAUCGAUGCGGCUUAUGCAGGAUCAGCAUUCAUUUGUCCAGAAUAUCGAUAUCUGAUGAAGGGCAUAGAACGAGCAGACUCCUUCAACUUCAACCCCCACAAAUGGCUGUUGAUCAACUUCGACUGCUCCGCCAUGUGGCUCAAGGACCCCUCUUGGCUGGUCAACGCUUUCAACGUGGACCCCCUCUACCUCAAGCACGAGCAGCAAGGCUCCGCCCCUGACUACCGCCAUUGGCAGAUCCCUCUGGGCAGACGGUUCAGGGCGCUCAAGAUAUGGUUCGUGCUCAGGCUUUACGGCAUUGAGAACCUCCAAGCGCACAUCCGCAAGCAGAUCGCGAUGGCUCACCACUUCGAGGCUCUGGUGAGGUCCGACGAGAGGUUCGAGAUCACUCAGGAGGUCACCAUGGGCUUGGUUUGUUUUCGGUUGACGGGGUCGAACGAGAUGAACGAGCAGUUUCUCAAGAGGUUGAACGGUAAAGGUGUCAUACACUUGGUGCCUUCCAAGAUUAGGGACACUUAUUUCCUGAGAUUGGCGAUAUGUUCGAAGCAAACUGAGAUGUCGGAUAUUGAUGUUUCUUGGAAGGAGGUGAAAGAAACUGCUGAUGAAAUAUUGGCGAAGAAGUAG